AAAACUCUGGAAAAACUACGUCCCUUUUCCUAAUAACCUCAAAUUAAUUAGUCCCAAAUAUCUUCACCAUUUUCAUGAAGGACUUUCUAGUAGCCAUCUGCUUAGUUGCAGCCAUAUCUCUAAUCUACUUCACUGCUAAUUUCUCCAAUACGUCGAAGUUGUUUAGCCAUUCAGUUUUUGGUGAAAAUGAAAAUAACACAGAUAAAACAAACGUAUCACACAUUCUGUUUGGCAUUGCAGGGUCCGCCGAAACAUGGAAGAAUCGCUCGCGUUACUCUGAACUCUGGUGGAGGCCAAAUGUAACGCGAGGAUUCGUAUGGCUUGAUGAGACGCCCUCGGCCUUGGGAAAUGAGCCCUGGCCGGAGACUUUCCCACCCUAUAGGGUCUCUCAAGACACUUCCGCAUUCAAGUACACUUGCUCGGACGGUAACAGGUCAGCUGUGAGGAUUGCGAGGGUUGUUAAGGAGAGUUUUAAACUAGGCUUCAAGAAUGUGAGGUGGUUCGUCAUGGGAGAUGAUGAUACAGUGUUUUUUACAGAGAAUUUGGUUACAGUUUUGGCUAAAUAUGAUCACAACCAAAUGUAUUAUAUUGGUGGGAAUUCUGAAAGUGUGGAGCAGGACGUAGUAUGUUCCUACAGUAUAGCUUAUGGCGGCGGCGGCUUUGCUAUUAGCUAUCCUCUCGCUGCGGAGCUCGUGAAGAUUUUAGAUGAUUGCAUUAAUCGCUACCAUUACUUGUGUGCUUCUGAUCAGAAGGUUGGUGGGUGUAUGGAUGAGAUUGGCAUUCCUCUUACGAAAGAACUCGGUUUUCAUCAGAUGGAUAUAACAGGAAGCCCGCGAGGGUUUUUGGCAGCACAUCCCUUGGUGCCGUUAGUGUCACUGCACCAUCUGGACAUGGUACAUCCUCUAAUUCCAUUAAUGAGCCAAGUUGACUCUGUGAAUAAGGUGAUUGAGGCUUAUACAAAGGACACGAGUCGGAUGUUGCAGCAGAGUUUGUGCUAUGACCUAAACAGAAACUGGUCAGUAUCAGUGUCGUGGGGAUACUCAGUUCAAUUAUAUCCAUGGUUAAUGAAUGUUAGGGAAUUGGUGACUCCAAUACGGACAUUCCAAACGUUUAAUGGGUUUGAAGAGCCAUUCACAUUCAGUACUCGACCGAAUUAUGUAGAACCGUGUAAAAGGCCUAUUGAGUACUACUUGGAUCAAGUUACUGACAUCCGCAAUGGUGAGACCUUGACCAGUUAUAAUAGGCCUGGUGAUAUUAACAAGCAAUGCGAGAACGAACAGUACAAACCAGCAUUAGCAGUCCGUAUGGUUAAUGUCAAGGCGUCUAUUCUAUCUCCCCGCGUAUGGAGACAGGUACCGCGUCGGCAAUGCUGCGAGGUGAUCAAUGGGGAAGAUGGUUUUGAGAGCGUCUUACAUAUCAGAAUCAGAGGCUGCAAUCAAUGGGAAACAAUAACGCCACCCUUUUACGACAAGUACGGAGAGUUUGCGGACUUUCAAAGAAUGGUGUGAUAAAUGAAUUUGGCUAAAAAAUAUUUCAAUGGCUAUGAAGGAGGGAAUUGAAAUCCUGCUAACCAAUUGUAUGGAACUUGAUUGCCGUGAUUAUGGCCAGAUUUAAUAGCAUAAAGGAAGAUGCAUUAAGUAA